ACAGUAAGGUGCCCGGGGCAUCGCCUGCGGUCUUCAGGAUGCCGCAUAAAAUUGGAUUCUUCGUGGUCAGCUCCUCCGGCCAUGAGGACGCCUUUAGUGCCAAAGAGUUGAUGAUUCACGCGCCGACGGUGAACGGCUGGCGCUCUCCCAGGUUUUGUCAGUACCCUCAAGAAAUUGUCAUCCAAAUGGUGGAAAGAUGCCGAAUCCGGAAACUGCAGCUCCUGGCUCACCAGUACAUGAUAUCCUCCAAGAUCGAGUUUUACAUUUCGGAAAGUCUUCCGGAGUACUUCACUCCAUACCAGUCUGAACGAUUCCGCAGGCUCGGGUACGUUGCUCUUUCAGAUAAUGAGAAGACUGGAUACAAGGCGAGAGAACUCAAGUCUGUCUAUGUGGAUGCCGUGGGGCAAUAUCUCAAAGUCAUCUUCCAUAAAAACUACGCAAACAGAUAUAAUCUGUAUAACCAGGUUGCCCUGAUUGCAAUAAAUAUUAUUGGUGACCCAGUGGACAUUAAUGAAGAAAAUGUGCCAAGCCGGGAGAAAAUUAUUGACCAUUACCUUGGAAACAGCUUUGAAGACAGUGGCAUUGAUCCUGCUUAUACGGGGAGGAAGCCAGAUGCAAUUUCUCCCUUGGAUGACCUGGCCUUUGAUAUGUACCAAGAUCCAGAAGUAGCUCAAAUAAUCCGCAAGCUGGAUGAGAAGAAACAGGAGGCCGUCCGCCACGAACGCUACGAUUAUGCCAAGAAACUGAAACAAGCGAUUGCUGACCUGCAGAAGGUGGGUGAACGGCUGGGCCGAUAUGAAGUGGAAAAGCGCUGUGCCGUGGAGAAGGAAGAUUACGAUUUAGCCAAACAGAAAAAGCAGCAGAUGGAAGAGUAUCGUCAAAAAGUUUAUCAACAGUUGGAGCUCCAUGAUCUACUGGACAUCGCUUCGAUACACCGAGCUCCUGAGUCCUCCUUGGAGUCUCUGGAGCAUCCCUCAAGCCCUCAACAGCAACAGACAUUGGCGGUCUCUCCACCACCUGAGAAGGAAAAGACUUUGGAAAAGAAGACUAAGAAGGAGCGGCAGAUAGUGCAGGAGAAGACCCCUAAAGUCUCCUCACCCAAACCGGUUCCCCAGAUGCGUUCUCCUUCCCCUCCUCCAGCUCCGACCCCAGCUGUCACUGUACCCAAUAUAAAUAUCGAUGCGUUGCCUUAUGAUGAGCGACCACUUCCAGCCCAAAGGAACCAGAAGGAGGAUGCAUUUGCUUACCUGGAGCCAGAGAUGAAUGACGAUUUUGCAGCAGACACCCCAAGAAGCAGAAUCACUGGAGAGCCGGAACCACUUACAGAGAAAGCUUUGAGAGAGGCCGGAUUUGCCAUUGACGUGUUUGGCGAGGCUUUGGUUGCAGGAGCCUACUCAAAGACGUGGUCAUACAGAGAAGACGCCUUACUGGCCGUGUACAAAAAGCUUUCGGACAUAUCAAGCACCAUCUCGAAGGAUGACUUGAAAAACAUAUUGAGAGCUGCCAUAUUUCUUGUCCGCAGAGCCAUCAAAGACAAAGUGACUUGUGUGUUUCAGGCCUCGUUGCAACUACUGAAAAUGAUUAUCACUCAAUACAUUCCUAAACAUAAGCUGGGCAGAGGUGAAACGAUGCACUGUGUUGAGAAGACUCUCUCAGACCUGCUCUCCAGGACAGGCGACUCGGCCACACGACACAGGGUGAUCGCCUCCAACUUUAUUCAGGAGAUGGCAAUCUUUAAAGAAGUGAAACCUCUACAAUUUAUCCCAGUUCAUUUGGUUCAGCCACUGAAAGGAUCGUUGCCAUCAAGACUGGCCCUGAGUCAAGUGGAGCUUGUGGAGAACCUGCUGAAAGAGCUGGGUGUGGACAAUUCCGGCUUUACAGUUGACAAUGUCAUGAAGUUUGCAUUAGGUGCGCUGGAUUAUACAACAGCGGAGGUGCGCGACAAAGCUGUGCGUAUUAUACUUUACCUGUACCAACAAAAACGCUCUCAGGUUCUGGAACACAUGCCGCCUGAUGAUGCCAGCACUCGCAAAAACAUCCUGUACAAGACGCUGUUUGAUGGAUUUGCCAAAAUAGAUGGCCGCCCUACCGACGCAGGGCAAAAGGCUUCAAAGAGGCCGGCUGUGGAAGAGGCGGAAAGGCAGAAGAAAGAGGAGAUCCGAGCUCUCCAGGAACAGCUGGCAGCUCUGAAGGAUAUUCAGCCUGAGGCUCAGACUGGCAAGGGAAAAGAGCAAGCCAGCAAAUCGAAGCUAGAUGAGCGUAGUAAGAAAAUGUCAUUGUCGCCUAGCACAGAAGUUGCUGAUGACCAUUCAACUGUUUCUAAUUACUUAGAUAACUUGUGUAUUUUCUGUGGGGAGCGAGAUGACUCUUUCACAGAGGAAGGCUUGGACCUGCAUUACUGGAAACAUUGUCCAAUGUUGAAACGCUGUGAGCACUGCAAGCAGGUGGUAGAAAUUGCCAGUCUUACAUCUCACCUUCUUACCGAGUGCAGUCACAAGGACUCGUUCGGAAAAUGCCAACGUUGCUCAGAGGCCAUAUCUAAGGAUCAUCUGCUGGAGCAUGUCAAAUCCAAGAUGUGCAACCCUGCAAAAGGAGAAAAAAUGGCAAACCGAUGUCCUUUGUGCCAUGAAAACUUCCCACCCGGAGAAGAGGCCUGGAAAACCCACCUGAUGGGGAAAGACGGGUGUAAAAUGAACCCUCGCAGGACGCUGGCUCUUCAGAGAACACAGCAAGGAACACAAG